UUAUAACCCGCACUGUUAGCGCCGGUCUCCCCCUCAGCCCCGCUCCGUCUCGCGAUGUUCCCGCCCCGCGGGACUUGGCCGCGCCGCCUGCAGUCAGCGCGCUGCAGCCAGUAGGAUUCGGUCAGCGGGAGGGAGCGGAGCUUGGGGCUGUACGGAGAGACGGACGAAGGGCAGAAAACUCACUCAAAAGCACGUUAAAACGACACAGACCCGCCGAAUAACACACCCAGAGACAGAGCAGAGCCCCGGGCUGAAGGAAGGGAGUCGCCACGGGUUAGUUUGCGGGUGUUCUACAGAGUGUUUCUCCGUGUUUUUCCCCCCCGUGUUUGUCAGGAGGGAGGAGGUGAAUCGUACCGCCGCCAUCUUUGGGACUGACUGCUGGAAGGGAGAGAGAGAGAGCGAGCCUGACCCGAGUGGGCUGUCGGGGAGGAGUUUACACACAUUAAACAUCAAUAACGCCUCGCUUUACCAACAAUAACACACAAUAAUCACGUUUGGCGUUAAUAAAAACCGCGUUUCGGUUCCCGUCUCUUCCCCUGUAUCGUUCAGUUUUGCCUGGAUACCGGGGUAACUUUUCUUCCCUUUAACCCUGGCCUCUGGGACGGGUGCCCAUGCUGAAGAGGCCUCGCUCCUGCAGAUGAGCCAGCGGUCGGGGCGGCAGCGCAGUCGCACACCCAGAUAGCUGUGCUCUGCCAGGCAAGGAGGAGGGAGGAUGCCGUCUACCAGCCGAGCAGGGAGCCUCAAGGACCCUGAUAUCUCAGAGCUAUUCUUCAAGGAGGAUCCCGAGAAACUCUUCACAGACCUGCGGGAGAUCGGCCAUGGCAGCUUCGGGGCCGUCUACUUUGCACGCGACGUGCGCACUACGGAGGUGGUGGCUAUCAAGAAGAUGUCCUACAGUGGCAAGCAGUCCAAUGAGAAAUGGCAAGACAUAAUCAAAGAAGUGAAGUUUCUGCAGAGGAUACAACACCCCAACAGUAUAGAAUACAAAGGCUGCUAUCUGCGGGAACACACGGCAUGGCUUGUGAUGGAGUACUGUUUGGGGUCCGCUUCAGACCUGCUGGAGGCGACUUCAAUAGCACUGAAUGCCCGAAACGGGAGCCAAACAGUUCACAAAAAACCUCUGCAGGAAGUGGAAAUAGCAGCCAUAACCCAUGGUGCUUUGCAGGGAUUAGCCUACCUUCAUUCCCACAACAUGAUUCACAGAGAUAUCAAGGCCGGGAACAUCCUGCUGACGGAGCCUGGUCAGGUGAAGCUUGCUGACUUCGGCUCUGCCUCCAUCGCCUCUCCUGCCAAUUCCUUCGUGGGGACUCCAUAUUGGAUGGCCCCAGAGGUGAUUCUUGCCAUGGAUGAAGGGCAGUAUGAUGGGAAGGUGGAUGUCUGGUCUCUUGGAAUUACAUGCAUUGAAUUAGCGGAGAGGAAGCCCCCCUUGUUUAAUAUGAAUGCAAUGAGUGCCUUAUAUCACAUAGCUCAGAAUGAGUCUCCAACACUGCAGUCCAAUGAAUGGUCAGAAUAUUUUCGAAACUUUGUCGACUCCUGCCUUCAGAAAAUUCCCCAGGACAGACCCAACUCUGAGGAGCUCCUGAAGCAUGCCUUUGUCCAGCGGGAGCGUCCGGAGACGGUGCUGAUCGACCUGAUCCUGCGCACCAAGGACGCAGUGCGGGAGCUGGACAACCUGCAGUACCGCAAGAUGAAGAAGAUCCUGUUCCAGGAGGCACACAACGGGCCGGCCGCAGAGGCCCCCGACGAGGAGGAGGAGCCUGAGCACAGUGUGGGGCGGACAGGCACAGUGAACAGCGUGGGCAGCAACCAGUCCAUCCCCAGCAUGUCCAUCAGUGCCAGCAGCCAGAGCAGCAGUGUCAACAGCCUGCCCGACGCCUCAGACGACAAGAGCGAGCUGGACAUGAUGGAGGGAGACCACACUGUGAUGUCCAACAGCUCUGUCAUACACCUCAGACCGGAUGAAGAGUGCUACAGGGAUGAUCCAGACCCCCAAGGCAGGCCGCCUGAACCACAGUCUCCCCCGCCUCAGACCCCACGGCACAAAUCACACUACCGCAACAGAGAGCACUUUGCAACCAUCCGCACAGCCUCAUUGGUGACUCGUCAGAUCCAGGAGCACGAACAGGACUCUGAGCUGAGGGAGCAGAUGUCCGGGUACAAGCGCAUGCGCCGGCAGCACCAGAAGCACCUGAUGGCCUUGGAGAACAAGCUGAAGGCAGAGAUGGACGAGCACCGGCUGAGGCUGGACAAGGAGCUGGAGACGCAGCGCAACAACUUUGCUGCUGAGAUGGAGAAGCUUGUCAAGAAGCACCAAGCUGCCAUGGAGAAAGAUGCGAAGACGUUUGCAAACGAUGAGAAGAAAUUCCAGCAGCACAUCCAGGCCCAACAGAAGAAAGAACUCAACAGCUUCCUGGAGUCCCAGAAACGAGAGUACAAACUGCGCAAAGAGCAGCUGAAAGAGGAGCUGAACGAGAACCAGAGCACCCCUAAGAAAGAGAAGCAGGAGUGGCUCUCCAAGCAGAAGGAGAACUUCCAGCACUUCCAGGCUGAGGAGGAGGCCAACCUGCUGCGGCGGCAGAGACAGUACCUGGAGCUGGAGUGCCGGCGCUUCAAGAGGCGCAUCCUCAUCGCACGACACAACGUGGAGCAGGACCUUGUCAGGGAGGAGCUGAACAAGCGUCAGACGCAGAAGGACCUUGAGCACGCCAUGCUGUUGCGGCACCACGAGUCCAUGCAGGAGCUGGAGUUCCGGCACCUCAACACCAUCCAGAAGAUGCGCUGCGAGCUGAUCCGCCUGCAGCACCAGACCGAGCUCACCAACCAGCUGGAGUACAACAAGCGACGCGAGAGGGAGCUGCGCAGGAAGCACGUCAUGGAGGUGCGGCAGCAGCCCAAGAGCCUCAAGUCAAAGGAGUUGCAGAUUAAGAAGCAGUUCCAGGACACCUGCAAGAUCCAGACCCGGCAGUACAAGGCCCUGCGGAACCACCUGUUGGAGACAACUCCCAAGAGUGACCACAAGGCAGUGCUCAAGAGGCUGAAGGAGGAGCAGACGCGCAAACUGGCUAUACUGGCGGAGCAGUACGACCACAGCAUAAACGAGAUGCUCUCCACGCAGGCGCUGCGUCUGGACGAGGCUCAGGAGGCGGAAUGUCAGGUGCUGAAGAUGCAGUUGCAGCAGGAGCUGGAGCUGCUCAACGCCUACCAGAGCAAGAUCAAGAUGCAGACGGACGCCCAGCACGAUAGGGAGCGCAAGGAGCUGGAGCAGAGAGUGUCCCUGCGCCGAGCGCUGCUCGAGCAGAAGAUCGAGGAGGAGAUGAUGUCCCUCCAGAGCGAGCGCUCGGAGCGGAUCCGCAGCCUGCUGGAGCGCCAGGCGCGGGAGAUUGAAGCCUUCGACUCGGAGAGCAUGCGUCUGGGCUUCAGCAACAUGGUGCUGUCCAACCUGUCCCCCGAGGCCUUCAGCCACAGCUUCCCGGGGGCCACGAGCAGCUGGUCCCACCACCACCCCCACCACCCGGCCAGCUCCCAGGGGCCCCCCCACCACCACCACCAUCACCACCACCAUCACCCCAUGCAGGGGCCGGGGGGGCCCACGCAGGCCUGGGGACACUCCGUGCAGGGAGGAGGCCCCCAGCCCUGGGGACACCCCUCUUCAGGGCCCUUAGGUGCCGUGCCGAGGGGCGGGGGGGGCAUGGGUGUGCGGAACAGCCCUCAGGCGUUGCGGCGAACUGCCUCUGGGGGCCGCACUGAGCAGGGCAUGAGCAGGAGCACAAGCAUCACCUCACAAAUAUCCAACGGUUCGCACCUGUCCUACACGUAAAUUAUACGUAGAAGUGCAAAAUGUGUGUGUGUAAUUAUAUAUUAUAUACACACACACACAAAUACAGGGUGAUUAGAAAGUAAGUUUACCACAUCAAUGAUAUGGUGCGUUGACGUGUUAAACUUACUUUCUAAUCACCCUGUGUGUGUAUAUAAUAUAUAUAUAUAUACACACACACACACACGUAUACACCAGCAGUGGUAGUAAGGGGCAUGGGGGCAGCGUAUGAGGGGUCGGGGUUAUGAUGGUGAAGUGGAAGAGGCUUGUGUCUCAUUCCCUCGCUUAUGAAGCCACAGGUGAUUGCGUAGCCAGCUUUGUCUGAGUUCACAGGUAGGUUAGGGCAGUGCCACUCCUGUUUUUAUUAUUAAAACCGUAUGGAAUCACUGGGGCCUCAAUCCAAUGCUGCUGUGAAAAUAUAAUUUUACUAAGAGUGGUGGUAGUUCUAUUAGUUUCAUUGCUGUUUAUUAAAUGGGUAUGCUGCAACAUUAGUGCUAAACAGCCAAGUGACUUCCGUAAUAAACCUUUCUUGUAUUGCACAGUAUGGCAAUAACAGGACUUCAUAAAAUACCUAAAUGGUGCUUGACCAAAAAAAACAAGCAUGAUACCCAUUACUGUUAGUGGAGUAAUCACUCCACUAACAAAAUCUACCAGUCAUUCUCAAACCAAGCCUUCUGCUUCCUUAGAGUUGAGUUUUUCUUUUUUUUUUCUUUUUUUUAAUCUGUACAGUGCUCACAGAUCACAGAGUGAUCAUUGUAGCCACACUAGCUUCACCCCUUUAACAUUCCAGACAUUGGCUAUAAAGACCCAUUGAUUAACACAAAAUGAGCUGCUUCCAUUUAAUCACAAUCUCGUCUCAGAUCUGGGUGUUGACAGCAGUACGCUGGAAAACCAAUGCAUUUCAAACAUGUUGGUACCUGGCUGUAAUAAAACACACUGGACUAUUGGAAGUACUUGAGGUUGAGGGUUGGGGACCACUGGUAUAUUUUGUAGCCUUCUUAAAUCCUGCAGAAAACUCGGGUUUCGUUGUUUCCCUAUCCGAGAGAUGAUACUGCACUGUGUAUCUCUGAUAAACACAUAUUCCAACCAGGUUCCUGGUUGCUGGGUAGAAUGGAAUAAUGACUUUUUUUUGUUUUACAGACAAGAACAAACAAAGGUAAAUCAAAUAGAUCUUCUAAUUUUCGUAAUUUUUUUAUUGUGGCUAAAUUACCCUUUUUAAAGGUGGUGUGUUUAUUCUGAUUGGCUUUUAACUGAAUAUUGUGAAUUACCUAUUUUAAGGAACUUUUUGUGGUGUGAACUUUUUUUUUUAAAUGGCAUUAACACCAUUUGAAUUGUGGUAAACCACACAUUACAAAUGUUAUCUUAAAGAGAAAGUCAAAUCAAAAUUUCCUGUGUAUCGCUAAAGUAAUGAAAAACAAAAAAUAAUUUAAACAGUAGUUGCCAUAUGUUUUUAGAGGAGGGGGUGUGGAAAGGUAACAAUGCCAAAGUACUGAUGCCUACCACGAACAUACAAGCAUAUAAUCAAUACUGAAAUGUCAGAAUGUUCUGUCUCAGUGUAUUCUGUUGAGUUAACUGGACUUGGUGCCAAAACGUCAGGCCCUGUUGCGUUCAGCAGAACCUGCCUGCUCAGUCUUGAAAGUUGAGGGAGUAGAUUUGUGCAUUUCGGUAUCAACAGCCCAGUUUUAUAUAUACAAGUUUUUGUUCAAUGGAAGGUUUUGAAUACGGAGUGGAAGCUGAAAAUGCAGGAAGUUGUUUUCUGUAAGGAGGGUGCGAGUGUUUCACAGGCGUUCAAAUCCACUCCUUAAGCUGCUCCACUCCAGGAUUUUAUUCCAGCAAUGUCCCGAUUUUUUUUUUUCCCUGAUUGUUGAGACUGAGACCUGUUAUUUCAAUAUAUAAUAUAAAUGUAUUUAAAAUAAAUGCUUUUUUUUUUUUUUUUUAAAGCAAGCAAGCACGAAAUACAUUCAGACUGCAUUGUGUUUAUUAGGAGAAGUUGGAACAGAACCCUGGACAGCUCGUUAAAGGCCCUGGAGGAAUGGAGUUGAGUGUCUGUGGUGUUUUAAGGAUUGCAUUAGUACGUUGGGAGAGGGUGUCGGAGUUGGACACUAAGCCAGUUUCAGUAGUAGGUUGUAAGAAUGUGAAUAGAAAAGGCAACGCUGGGGUGCAACAACUGUUGUGGCAGUUAAUGCUAAUCUGGAGAACGACUUCAGUAUGGCAGUUUCAAACUUCCAAUCGUCAGGCAUGUUCAUAAAAUGGCUAUUUUGGCUGCACAGAGCAUUUAAUCGCAUUUAAUAUAAUUGCACUUUCUUUAACCAGCACACAUCAAUGAUUUAAUGAACUGCACGUUUUACUCUGAAACAACAGUCAAUAAAAUAAGAAGUGCUAUACAUUUAAAAAUGAUACACCAAAAUACCACAAUACUGUUGGUUUAGGCAAUGCUAAAGUUCGGUGCCUAUUAAAAUAUAUAUAUAUAUAUAUAUAUAUACACACACAGUAUUAGCUUAAAUGUGUAUCAGAGCCCGUCUACACUAUUUACAAAGACAGAUGCCAAGUUUUCGGUAGAUUUGUUGCCAUGUCACAUCUGCCAAGACAGUGUACAGGAGUUCCCUUGCUGGCACUGCCAGUCUGAGUGAUGCCACUAGGUGUAGCCCCAAUUCCACUGCCCAGCCACCUCGUGCCAAAUUUAAAUGCACAUCCUUCUAGGCGUCUCUUUUUUUGCUUCUGCAUGUUAUGUGUGAGAAAACCGUACCACCUAAGUGAUUAGCACUAAAACACUCUGUUCUUAGCUGAGUUGUCUCCAGCACUUACUGUGUCAUUACACUGUACUUGUAAUAACAAGCAUGGGGCGAAACACAUGUCUGUUCUCAGCUCUUGUAUCUUUAGAAACACUAAAACGCGCCCUUCUUGGCUCUUCAGCACUGAUUCACAACGUUUAAAUAAUGAUCUCUGAUCUAAAGCACUAUUUUAAGCUCUGCACUUUAGUAAGCUCUAAAUAAAACUCCAUUCUUGGCUGCCAGCAUUGCUUCUGUCGUACAUUUUUAUUAGCAAUAAAACGCUACUGCUGGUUUGCUCUGCUUUUGAAUGAACAGCACAAAUGAAGAAUUGCCAUUAAUACACUUGCAAGCUUGCCGUGCACCCAUCUGUGUGUUUAGAAGAACUGGGUUUAAUGAUGUAGAUUCAGAUAUUCCGAUAGAUAGAUAGCAAGAUCAAUGCAUGAGACAGACAGGUUAUCUAUCUGUCUGUCUGUAGAUAGAUAGAUAGAUGGCUUCGGAUAACCAGGAUUCGCGUUUACACGCAUGAUUACAGGAAAGGACAGUAUUGUUUGCCAAAGAGUUGCCAAGCCAUGUCAGUUCUGCAAAAUAGCAGCAAGUUGCAGGGGCACGUUCCUCUACAAGUCUUUGCUCCAACUUAUAUUUGUACAAUUAUAUUAAUUAUUGAGUGUUAAAGCCAAACACGUGAUUUUAUAAUAUAUAUAUAUAUAUAUAUAUAUAUAUAUAUAUAUAUAUAUAUAUAUAUAUAUAUAUAUAUAUAUAUAUAUAUGAAUGAUAUGUGAAUAUCUGGCCAUACCCUUCAUGAGGGUAGCACAUCUCAUUUCAAGAAGUUAAAGUUUGGAAAUAAUGACUGUAGGCAGUACUGAGCACUAAUGCUUGAACUUGUGAUGUUUGUUUUGCAUUUAAUGCAGAGCAAACCCUAAAAAGACCCUAAGUGCAGGAUAGCUAGACGUUUUUCUCAGUCAAACUGAGUUCUGUCUAAACUGCGCAAAGGAAAGUUUCCUGUCCACAAAUGGCCAUAUAGGAGUAGAUCAAGACAUGUAUAAAAUGAGUAUUGGUUGAAGUGGUGGUCGGGAUAUUCUUGAUGGUGUGUACCAGCACUAUGAUCGAUACAAUACUGACAGCACAUAUAUAUACACAAGCACAUCUCCACCUCUUACACAGUCAUUCUGAGUAUAUGUUCUUGCACUCGUGCAGUUGUUUUCCUAACUAAAUUCAACUAUUGUAAUAUGAUUUUUAGCUAAAAACGUGUUUUGUGGUAGGUGGCGUACGAAUGCUAGAUAUGAAAGAGACCAUGCUAACCAGGUAUGUGCUAUCUAACCAUAAUUACACAUUCCCACAAGCAUGGUACAUUUGCAUGGAGUUUUUAUUUUUUUUCAGAAUGGAUUCUGAAAGCAGUUAAGGUAUGUUACAUGAGCAAGACAGACACACAAAGGAUCAUAAAAUACAGAAACACUAUAACCAAAAGCUGACACUACUGUCAAAUAUGUAAAAAGCCCUAUAACAGAUUUCAAAAGAAAGUGAAAUUGCCAUAUAUAUAUAUAUAUGUGUGUGUGUGUGUGUGUGUGUAUGCAUGUAUAUGUAUAUGGUUCACUCAGAGCCAUAAUAAUACUAUAGAAUCAGUCUGUGACAGUCUGAUUCUAGGAAUGCAGGUCAGAGAAUAUAAACAAAAAAAACAGCAUUAUCUGUCAUGUAACAAAUUGCUUAAUGACUUGACAGUUUAUUAAAUGACAGAUGUAGUUGCAGGCAGUUAGGUGAAAGGACAGUCCGCGCUCAUUCCUAUGUGACUCUCUUUACUGUGGCUUCUUAUCCGGGCUCCACCCCUAUUCCUCCCGCCCCCUCAGUCCAUGCAGGCCCCCUGGUCCCACGAGGUGCAGGCUGUGUGGGUGUACAGUGCUUUCUGGGUGGGUGUUGCUGUGCCCCUGUGGUGUCCCUGCUGUUUUCAGACAGUGACGGACCCUCCUCGAUGAAUAGAGGGACAGGAACUAAAACUGUAUGACAAAAAAAAAAAAAACUUGUAAAUGUGUGGAUUUAAAGUUGGGAACACUUUUGGGGUGGGUGUAUAGGAAAAUGUUUAUAUUGUACAUUUUAGAAUUUAAAAAAAAAAAACACAAAAAAAUAAAUACAUUGAAAUAACUGCUUGUAUUGUGAAGAAAUUAAACAAGAAAAAAAAAAUACUUGGUUUCUUAACAUUUAAAAAAAAAAAAAAAAAAAAAAGUAUAAAAGGAAAAAAGAAAAAAGAACCUAAUUAUUGUAUAUGAACAUGUAGUCAGCGCUGGGUUGGGGAGAGACUUGCAGAGUUGUCCAGAGGUCUAACCCAGAGGUGGCUGGCUGCAUACCUGCCAGUCAUUUGCUUUGCUUUGCAAUUCACUUCGCUUCUCCACUGUUUUACUUUCUGUUUCUCAUCCGUUCUCUUUCUUUCUCACUGUCUCGGUAUGCCUCUGGUUUUAUUUGCACACGUAUUGUGAUGGUUACACCAUUUUAAAUAUAACUUUCACACUGCUGUUAUUGCUUUCGUCCUUCCUUCAUGGCCCAAUUUCACAUUCUUUUUCUUUUGCCAAUUAUUUUGUUGUUGCCUCUGCACCAAAAAAAAAAAAAAAAAAAAACGCCACCACUAGACAAAGAAAAUGUAAAAAAUAAGGCAUAAGAUUUAUUUUUUUGCCAGUAAACAAAAGAAUGUUUUAACUGCCUAUUUCUUGGCGUUGCUCUAGUUUUUUAUUAUUAUUUUUAUUUCCAGUUGAGAGGAAAAAAAUUGAAACAUCUUUCCCCUCACCAGAGAGUGUGUCGGGGGAGUCAGAGUGUGGCACAAAGGUUAAAGUUUAAAGAAGGGGGCCCUGCCAAUCGGAAUUAAGGGCUUGCCAAAACCACCCGGCUGUUUUUGAUUUUAAAAUACAGUUCAGAUUCCUCAGCUUAAUGACUGAUUUACUUCAUGCCUCUUGAGGCAGCCGUUUGUUUUCCAUUCAAAUGACCAGUUUGAUAUACUGUUGCUUAAAAUGUACAGUCUGCUACUGUAUAUUGAGAAGGUAUCCUUCUCCUUUUCCGUUUAAAAUCUCAUAGAUGUAAUUGUGUUCUCCCAUUAUAUCCUUCCCCAGUGUGUAAUACGCAUAUAAAAAAUCUUUAGUUCCAGGUGUACCUGUGUACUGACCUGGCCUGCCACAAAGGAUAUGAUGAUUUUUCUUUUUUUAACCAGGCUUGUGUGACCAUUCUCACUGAAGCAGUUUUAUGAUUCUGAGGCAGGCAGAGAGAUGCAGGGAAUAAUUUAUAAAUAAAUCUAUUUUCAGGUUUCGGAGCCUAAUUUGAGUCUAAUGUCUUGUAUGGGGUAAACAAACCAGUAUUGCAUGUACAUAUUAAAUUAUUUUAAUAACUAUAUAAAGUUUUAUUUAUGAUUUUAUUCUUUUCUGCUGCUGUCACAGUGGCAAAGACAGAAUUUACUUAAACCCACUUUCCAGUAAGACUGGCCAAACACAUUUAAACCUAGUCCUUGAGUGUUUCAGAUUUCUAGAAUAUCCCAUCAUUCCCAGUUAGAUCUGCUGCCUGGUUCCCAUUACACAUUGUGCCAUACUGGUCCAGAUUCAGGUUUUAAAAAAUAUACCACGAGUUUGUUUGCUAUGACCAACUUGGAAUGCCACAUCAAUUGCCAUCCCUAAAGCUGAGGCCCCCUGUGCCAGCUGUGUGCCUCCCUCUGACUCCACACCCCACUUCUGCACCGGUGUGGGGGUUCUGCACAGCGUAUUUGUCAGUAUUCUGCGAUUCUCCUGGCUCAACAUGCAUUACAAUUCAUAUAUAACCUGUAUUAAUUGUAUAGAUUGUGAAGUGUCAGAAAGAAAAACAACUUCUUUAGGGUCAUGUAAUAUUUUGUUUGUAAUUAUCCUUUGUAUCAUUUACGAGGGGAUACUGGACAAAAAAUCAACUGUAAUAAAGUAAUUUUAGUACAA